UGUCCAGUGUAAAGCUAUGGUAGUAGCAUCGCUAACGUUACGAUUGUAAACGUUUAUUGUGACGUUGAGGCGAUGGAAAGUAACGAGUGUCAUAUAAAAGCAGCGAGUCGGGCGGAGUGGCGUUUCAUCAAAGACAAAGCGGCCGUGGCCGUGGCUAUAAUAAAGAACAAGCCCUCGGGAAUGAGUGGCGCCGAGUACGCCGAGGAUCUGGCCCUCACGUGGAGGCGCCGCGAUGAAAGCCGGGAGGAAACGGCCCGAAGGCUUCGGCAGGAGGUGCUGAGGCUGCGACAGGAACUACUGUUCACCAGAGCAACGUUAAACAGGAGGAGCAGCAGGGAGGCAGCAGAUCACGACGACGUAAUGGACGACGCUUCUCAGGAUCUUUUCGGUCCAGGAAGUGAGGCGUACAGCGCCGACCUCCAACCAGGCUGCGGCUCAGAGACCCCUGAACUACUGGAGAUCCAGGACCCCCAACCUGCCACCCCCAUCCCUCAGCCUCCGGUUCCAGGAUGUCCUCGUGGAGAACCCGCGGUUCCUCACGUACAGUUCCUCCAGUCUCUGUGCGCCCUCCACCGAGUAGAAGAGAGCGACCGAGGCCUGGAGUCCCUGUGGUUCAGCCCCGAGGAGGGCGAUGCCGGGUCCGUGUUGGCGGACUCCGUGUGCCAGCUCCUGGACUCGGUGGUUGUGGCGUGCCGGGGCCCCCCUCCUCCUCCGCUGGGACCCGGAGAACCGGUCCUGCAGGCCUGCCGGGUGGCGGCCCGAGCGAUGGACCUCUUCUGCUCCCAGAGGCUGCCGUCGGUGGAGUUCAGGAGGCGGGUGGAGGAGUCGCUGAGGGAGCUGACGGAGCUGCUGCUGCUGCACAGAGAUCAGCUCAGCGAGCUCCGGUCUGCAGAGAAGCUGAUGGAGUAUCUGAUCACACUGGGGGACAGCAGCAUGUCGAAGUCCUUCCUCAUUCGUCACAUCCUCUCUCUGAUCAGCACCCUGGCCGACCAGCUCUGGCACUUCUUCCAGGGGCCGGACGGCUCGUCUCUGGACAGGUUCCCCGUGGACCGGUAUCAGAACUCGUGCUACCUGUUCUGGAUCCUGGAGGAGCUGCUGCAGAAGUCAGAGGUACCGUCCCGGGUGGAGGUGGGGUCGGAUCAGACGGGCUUCCUCGCUCACUUUGAGCGGCGAGUCUUUCAGUUGUCAGAAGAGUUCCCUUUGUUCUCCAUCUGCAUGUGGAGGUCAGGAUGUCUCCUCACCUCGGACAGAUAAGACCCCCACAAGACCAGGGAACAGGUUUACCUUCCACGCCCCCUUCAUAGGACCAGAACACUUUGAGCUGACACCAAAACCAAGAGUAUUAGAAGACGGACAUCGACGCUUCUCUUCUCGUUCAUCCUCAAAAGAUCAACACAACACAACAAUGUGUAUUUAACGAGGAUUUUAAUUUGUACAACAGGCUGAGUGCAACUUGUGUUUCCAGUAGCUGCCGGAAAACGUGAAAUGUUUGUACUUUGGGCCCAUUUGGUUUUAUUUUGUAUGAAAUGCACAACUGCACAACUUAACACAACGUAACACAACUUAACAAUAAACACAUUGUUAGUUGUUGAACAGGCUGAGUGGAGUUCAUGUUUCCAGUACCACAGAGAGAGAUAAGUGUUCCGU